AUGAUGUUACGAUUUAGGUCAUUUUCUACUACGACUCACCUAUUGCGUGGACAAAAUUUAACUGAAAAAAUUGUUCAAAAAUAUGCUGUUGGAUUGCAACCACUGAGUAAAAAAGUGUACAGUGGUGAUUAUGUCACCAUCAAACCGGCUCAUUGUAUGUCCCACGAUAAUUCAUGGCCGGUAGCCACCAAAUUUAUGAAUUUAGGAGCAUCUAAAGUGAAAGACAACAGACAAAUUGUGUGUACAUUGGAUCAUGAUGUACAGAAUAAACUGGAACAAAACUUAACCAAAUAUACAAAUAUUGAAAAAUUUGCCAAAUCUCAGGGAAUCGACUUUUACCCAGCUGGUAGAGGUAUUGGGCACCAAAUCAUGAUUGAAGAAGGUUAUGCUUUCCCAUUGAACUUAACGGUUGCCUCAGAUUCUCAUUCUAACACUUAUGGUGGGAUUGGUGCAUUGGGUACACCAAUUGUACGUACUGACGCUGCAUCAAUUUGGGCCACAGGUCAAACAUGGUGGCAGAUCCCCCCAGUGGCUAAAGUCGAGUUGAUUGGCCAAUUGCCUAAAGGCGUCACAGGUAAAGACAUUAUUGUUGCCUUGUGUGGGAUAUUUAAUAACGAUGAAGUGUUGAAUCAUGCUAUUGAGUUUGUUGGUGAUGAUGCUAUAUCUAAAUUACCCAUUGAUUACAGAUUAACCAUAGCUAAUAUGACAACCGAAUGGGGUGCGUUAUCGGGAUUGUUCCCUGUUGACGAAACUUUGGUUGAAUUUUAUCAAAACAGAUUGAAGAAAUUGAAUAAACCAGAUCAUCCAAGAAUUAAUAACCAAACUAUCGAUCAAUUGAUUAACAACAAAUUGACCCUGGAUAAUGAUGCUGUAUAUGCUAAACAUUUACAAAUUGAUUUAUCUUCAUUAUCUCCAUACAUCUCGGGUCCUAAUUCUGUCAAAAUUUCUAAUUCAUUAUACGACUUGUCCCAACAAAACAUUGCCAUUAAUAAAGCUUACUUGGUUUCAUGCACCAAUUCUCGAUUAUCUGACAUUCAAGCUGCUGCUGAUAUAAUCAAAGGUCACAAGGUUAAUCCCAAUGUUGAAUUUUACGUGGCAGCUGCUUCAUCAUUAGUGCAAAAGGACGCAGAGCAAUCAGGGGCUUGGCAAACCAUUUUGGACGCUGGGGCUAAACCGUUACCAGCAGGAUGCGGUCCAUGUAUUGGAUUGGGUACUGGGUUAUUGAAAGAUGGAGAAGUUGGUAUUUCUGCCACCAACAGAAACUUCAAGGGAAGAAUGGGUUCAAAAGAUGCAUUGGCAUAUUUGGCGUCACCUGAAGUUGUUGCUGCAUCAGCAGUUUUGGGGAAAAUUGGUGGUCCUGAAGAAUUGAAUGGUGAACCAGUCAAACAGGCACCACGAAUUAUUAAAUCUAUAGAAACAGAGAGUAACUCGGCCAAUGAAGCAGAAUCAACCAGUGAAGAAGCUUCUGGAUCAAUUGAUAUAUUACCAGGAUUCCCACAAUCCAUUGAAGGAGAAUUAAUUUUGUGUAAUGCCGAUAAUAUCAACACUGACGGGAUUUAUCCAGGGAAAUAUACCUAUCAAGAUGAUAUUACCAAAGAACAAAUGGCUAAAGUGUGUAUGGAAAAUUAUGAUUCACAAUUUUACUCGAAAACCAAACCAGGUGACAUUAUAAUAUCUGGAUACAAUUUUGGUACUGGGUCAUCAAGAGAACAAGCAGCCACAUGUAUAUUGGCUCGAGGCAUGAAAUUGAUUGUUGCCGGGUCAUUUGGUAAUAUUUUCAGUAGAAACUCAAUCAAUAAUGCCUUGUUGACACUAGAAAUACCUGAUUUGAUCAAUAAAUUACGUCAACAAUAUGAAGGGAAUGAUGAAUUGACAAUCAGAACUGGGUGGUUCUUGAAAUGGGAUGUGACUAAGGCGCAAGUAACAGUGGUUGAUGGUGACGAUAAUUUGAUUUUGACACAAAAAGUUGGUGAAUUGGGGACUAAUUUACAAGAUAUUAUUGUUAAAGGAGGAUUAGAAGGUUGGGUUAAAAGUGAAUUGAAAACAAACCAAUAA